AUGGCUGCGCCAAACUACCGCGGAGCCGCGGCCCGUGGCGCAUCAAACGGCGCCGGCGGACCGGGCAACCGCAACAGUGCCUACCUCGGCGGUGGCGGCCGAGGCGGUGGCCAUGCUGGCGGUGGUGGCGGCGGCAGAGGAGGCGGACCCCCUCCUGGCUCUCGCUGGGGAAGCGGGCCGCCAUCCAACACGUCGUCGCCCGCGGGUAGGCAGAAUCCCAACGCUGGCGGCGGCUACCGCGGGCCGGCGGUCAACAAUGCACCUCACCAGCACAGCCAGCAGCAUCAGCACCAGCAGCACCAGCAGCACCAGCAGCAACACCAGCAACAGCAGCAGCAGCAGAACAGCGCCUCGGCCGCCUUCCCGUCGCUCGGCGGCGUCGCCAACCUCGACGAGGCGCAGAAGCUCAACCGCAACCGCAUGCUCUUCCUCCUCGUCUCGCUCGUCGGCCACUGUGUCACCGUCCACACGCGCGGCGGCGUGCGGUACUUUGGCAUCCUGUCGUCGGCCAACGCCGACAGCGGCGACCUUGGCGUUGCCAUUGCGUCGGCCCAGGAGAUCCUCGCUCCAGGGGCAAAGGACGGCAAGCCUGAGCUGGGCCCGCUCAAAAAGAUGCUCGUCAUCCACGGCAAGGACCUCGAGAGCGUCGAGGCCUCCGAGGUGCGCAUCGGGGACCAGGAGCGCGAGAUGAAGGAGGCGCGCGACAAGGAAGCCUUCCGCACCGACACCGAGAUCUCCCGUUCGGCCGACCCGCUGGGCAAUGGCCGUGCGCUGCAAAAGUGGUCCGACGACCCGGACCUGGCCGAUCUCGACAGCGGGGUGCCCGAAUGGGCGGCCGACGGCGACGGCGGCUUCGACGCUUCCAGCGGCACCAAGGGCUGGGACCAGUUUGCCGCCAACGAGAAGCGCUUCGGCAUCAAGUCCGACUACGAGGAGACGCUCUACACCACCACCCUCGACCGCUCCGGCAAGGACUUCAAGGAAAAGGAGCGCCAGGCCGACCGCAUCGCCCGCGAGAUUAUGGGCCAGACCACCAGCAACCCGCACCUCGCAGAGGAGCGCGGCCAGGCCGACGACUCGGGCGUCAACGAAGAGGACAAAUACGGCGCCGUUGUGCGCAACCCGAACGCCUACGUGCCGCCGGCGCUGCGCAAGGCGGCGGCUGCCGCUGCUGCUGCUGCUGCUGCUGCCGCUGCGACGGGCGCCGGCACAGCCAAGGCCGCGACUCCCGCCACCAGCGCCGCCAACGGACCGGCUGCCGCGUCAACCCCGAGCAACGGCGCCACCACUGGCGCAUCGGCUGCCGCUUCGAGCGGUACUGCGGCUGCAGCUGCGGCUCCGGCUGCCCCUGCCGCCGCGCCGAAGCCUCCCGUGGUCAACGUCAAGGUGCCCUCCCCCAGCCUGCCGUCGCAGGAGCAGCCGGCAGCGGCCACCAGCAAGUCCAGCACCGCCUCGCCCGAGGCCGGCAAGAAGAGCGAGCCCGAUGCCGCCAACCCGCUCAUGGGCGACUUCCGCCAAUUUGUCAGCUCCGAGCGCGAGAGGCUCGAAAAGAAGAAGGCGGCGCUGGCCAAAAAGGAAAAGGACACUCGCCUCGCCGACCUCAAGACGUGGGCCAGCACGUUCAAGCUGACGCUGCCGCCACCCAGCGACGGCACCGCCUCGGACCGUCCGCGCGACGCCACGCUGCAAAAGAGCCUCAGCCCGCAGGCGGCCCACACGAGCGCGGCGGCUGGCGGCUCCAGCGGCCCCAGCAAGGCCUCGGCUGCCGCCACGGGGGCCGCCGCUGCUGCCGCUGGCAAGCUGGCCUCGGCCAAGCCAUCCGCGGCUGCGACUUCGGGCGCCCAGCCCGUCGGCACCUCCUCGCUGGCGCCGAGCCCGUCGGGCGGUGCCGGCAGCGGCGUGAGCGCCAAGCAGGCCGGUGGGCCCAACAAGCUCGCCGAGACCAAGGCGAUGCUGGCCAGCAUGACGAUCCCCAAGAUCCCGCCCUACAAUCCCGAACGCGCAAAGGCGCGCCAGGCGGCGGCCGCAGCAGCAUCAGCGGCGGCAGGGCAGGGGUCGACGGGAACAACGGCGACGACCACGACAUCGGCCGGCGGUACAGCCGACAAGGACACGGACGGCAAGGCGGGCGCAGGCGCUGGCGGAGGCGGUAUGGGCGCCGGGAUGGGCGUCGGUGGCCCCGGUCAGCCUCCGCACAUGCCUGUCUCGGGUCCGCCCGGUGCUGGCGGGAUCGCGGCGGGUCCCGGCCAGCCGUUUGGCAUGGUCUACCAGCCGUACGGUCCCUACCGCUUCCAGAACCAGCCUCAGCAGCAAGGGCAGCAAGGGCAGCAGCAGCAGCAGCAGCCACCGCACCCGCAUCCGCCGCAGAUGCAGGGCCAGAUGGCGCCACCUCCGCCGCCGCCCGGAUCGCACCCGCAGCAGCACCAGCCUCUGCCUCCGCAGCAACAGCAGCAGCAGCAGCAGGGGGGUCCGGGCCAGGGGCAGGGCCUCGCCCACGGCCACAGCCACGGCCACGGCCACGGACAUGGCGGUCACGGCGGGCAGCAGCAGCAGCAGCAGCACCACGGCGGCGGCAUGGUGCAGCCGAUGCAGAUGGCGCCCAACGGCCAGGGCGGGCCGGUGCAGUACGGCGGGAUGCCGCCGCAGUUUAUGGGGCAGAUGCCGUUUUCGCCGCCGAUGCCGCCGCACUCUGGGGGCCAGCCGCUGUACAGCCCGCAGAUGGGCAACAUGGCGCCUCCGGGGCAGCAGUUUAUGCCGCCAGGGCAGGGCGGUCCGCCAGCUCGUCCGCCUCCGCCGCACCUGCAGCAGCAGCAGGGCGGCCAGCAGCAGCAACAGCAGCCCGGCAAGGGGGGUCAUCCGCAGCAGAUGUACUACCCAUCGCCACAGCCCGGUGGUCCGAUGGGCGGAAUGCCGUACCCGCCACCGCAGCAAUUUGGGAUGCAGCCCGGGGGUGGACGGCCGAUGGGACCGCCGUUGCCCGUCUCUGCGGGACCGGGCAGCGAAGCGUCUUCGACAGUGGGCGUGCCGAGCGGCGGCGGCGGCGGCGCGGGGAGCGGCAGCAAUGCCGAGCCGCCAAGUCACUGA